CAGCUGUUCAGCGCAGAAGUAGUAGCAAUGCCGGCCCAAAAUAUUUAUAUUAAUUUCCAUUUUGCUUUUCUAUUUUAAAUCAAUUUAACUUCAUGGAGCUUUCUAAAAUGGAGGCCGAAAUGGGCGAUUCCGUAACUUAUGACUUAGACGAAGUGGAUUUAAAAUCCUGGAGAUCAGUUAAGGAAAGUGUGGAUAGUUUCUUGGUGAUAUUACCCACGGUAUUGGGGUUCAUUCUUUCCCGCCUACUAUGUGGACACCUGCCAAAAAAUUCCACUAGAAAAUUCCUUCUGGAGUUUAUUUUGAUUGGAUUACCCACCGUGAUUCUAAUCACUGUAGGCAGUGCCUAUAACUAUACCUAUUCAUUAGUGGCUUCCUUUGCUGUUUUGGGUUAUCUUUACGGAAACAUACCUACAAGUCCUCCGAAUUUCAAAUAUGAGGUAGGCAAGAGACCCACAGUUUUUACCUUACUGAGGGCCACUGCCUACAGUGGAACCUGUGCCGCCAUUUUGGCCGUGGACUUCUCAUCAUAUCCCAAGGAUUACCGGAAAAGUCGAAAUUUCGGAGCUGCUGCGAUGGAUAUGGGUAUCGGAUUGUUUGUGGUGACCAUGGGAUUGGUUUCACAUCGAACGAGAAACACCACUGACCUAAAGAAACUACCGAGAUCCGUUGUUCCAUUGCUUGUUUUAGGACUGGCCCGCACUAUAGUCAUCACAGCGAUCGACUAUCAUCAAGAUGAGACGGAAUAUGGAACGCAUUUGAAUGCCUUCUUCAUUCUGGGCCUCACUAAACUAAUGGGCAGCUUUUACAGUCUUUUGGUGAGCUCGGACCGAAAACUAUUGGGACUUUCACUAGGUUUACUAUUUGUUCAUGAACUGGUGCUACAGUUAGGGCUAUCUGAGUUUGUGAUGUCUUCCGCACCUCACGAAGGUUUUCUCAGUGCCAAUCGGGAAGGUCUGAGUUCCCUACACGGCUGUGUGGCUCUCUAUCUGCUCAGCAUUUACUUUGCCAAGUGGUAUACCUCUCAGGAUCACCUCACUUAUCAGGGAUUAGUUAUCAAGUUGAAGAAAAUCCUUUUAGUCGCCAUCCUCUGUUGGUUGUUGGUCUUUAUAAGUGCCUUCCUAACCGGAAUUGCACGUGUGACUUUUAGUUUUGGCUAUGUGAUGUGGAUUUUUGCUGUUUGCCUAAGUCUUAUUGUGAUAUAUGCUUAUUUCUUUGAACUUAAACUUGUAAGGCCAGAUUUAAGUACUGAGAAAUCAGUUGGAGAUGUUAAAGAAAAGAGUAUAUCCUUGCCAACCUUUGUGGAGAGCCUCAACAUGAAUGGCCUGACUCACUUCAUGCUUUCCAACUUCCUGACCGGGAUGGUCAAUAUGACUCUUAACCCAGGGCAACGCACUGAUCUAGAAUCCGUAGUAAUACUAGCUGCUUAUAUAUUUGUAUGUGCUGGAGUGGUCUUCAUAAUGCUAAGAAAGUGUAUACGUAUAGCUUAAACGAUACCACCUUACAAAAAUAUGUGAUAAUGUUUUGUAUUAAAAAUUUCUUAAAAGUUAA